AUGAACACAAGCGCCCUCUCUUUGCCUCUGAGUCUCAAGAAACUUGAUCACGAUAGAAAGAGUAUAAAAGCCGUGACAAUUGCCUGUAUGACCACCAAUGGCAAAGAAUCUACUGGGACAAGGAGAGUGGAUUGUGGCAUGAUCGACAAGGGAAAGGAGAAACGAGCGGUGUUGAUGCUAACCAAGAAAAUGAAGGUUGAGAGAAAAGGCAAAGCGUACCCAUCCCAACCUUCAGCAUCAUCAUCAAGAUUUUCAUAUAAAGAUCCUGACUCGGUGUUAAAGCUUCUACCAGUAACUAUUCUAGCUUUAGCCCUCUCUCUUCCUAACCAGGACCGUGAAGUUCUAGCUUAUUUGAUAGCAAGGUCCAUCUUUGUCACCACCGCACCAAACCCAUCUUCACUUAUAACCCAGCAUCCAAAAAAGAAAUGUAAAACCAAGAGUACUGCCAGCAAGAAUGACAAAUAUUGUGACCAGAAAGUUCCUUCUUUUCAAUGUGGGUGUUUUGAUUGCUACACUAGGUUUUGGUAUAGAUGGGACUCAUCUCCAAAUAGGGAUUUCAUCCACCAAGUUAUUGAACCAUUUGAAGAGCAUUUGGUGCAAAAAAUUGAGUCCUCAAAGAACAGCAGAGGCAAGAAGAAAGGUAAGGUCUUGAUGAUGGGCCAUUUUGAAUCUGAUAAUGUUUUGUUUAAUAUACCUGAAAUAGCAGUGCCUAAAACUGUAUGCGAAGUGAUGAUAAUGCAAGAAAAUCUUGAAAGUGGAGAGAUCGAGGGAAAUGGGGUUGUCUUCGAAGAGGAGAUGGUGGGUCAGGAGGUGGCCAGGAACCUGGAAAUGGAGGUGGUGAUAGGGCAUCCUUCAGGCUACAAUGAUAACAACCACAAGGGGUUGGCUAUGAAGGUUUUACUGGACGUAAUGGGUUUACUGAACUCUCGUUUAUGGAGUAAUCUUUGGAGUCCUGGCAUGUAA